UGCCUUCGUGUUCGCAGCAGUCUUAGCGUUCAGUCUUCGUUCGUGAGUGCGUGUGGUCCUGUCUGCGACGGAACGUUUCCUUUUAAAAUCUCGUAUCAUUAGGUGGUGUGAAAUCGUUUAUUUAGGCAUUGAUUGGUUUCGUCGUCACUGAGAUUGGCAUGAUGAAGUGGCUCUCGGCAGCUGUCGCCCUGCUGGCGGUGACCUCCGUCCGGCCUCAGUGCUUCUCCGAGGAGGACGACCUGUCCAUCCCCCCCAGCAACGACCUCUCGGGCAUCGCUGACUUCGGCCUCGAGCUCUUCAAGGAGAUCUUCCCCUACAACACCUCCAGCAACUUCUUCUUCUCGCCCUAUAGCGUGUGGAAUGCGCUGACGCUCGCUUACUUCGGCUCGAGCGGGAACACGCAGGCGGAGCUGGAACGCGUCCUGCGCGUCGAGGACAAGGUCACCACGCUCAAGAACUGGAGGACGCUCGAGUUCCUGUACGACAUGAGGCAGACUAACAACAGUGAUUACACUUUCAAGGUGGCCAAUCGCGCUUAUUUCGACGAGACCGUGAACUUGACUGGCUGCGUGGGUGAUAUUCUCAAGAACGAGCUGCAAAUUGUCGAUUUUACCCACACUGAGGAAGCCGCCGGGACCAUCAACGACUUCGUGUCGAACACCACCAAGGGCCGCAUCCCCUCUUUGGUGGAGGCGAAGGACCUCAUCAACGCCCAGAUGGUCCUGGCCAACGCCGCCUUCUUCAAGGGCACUUGGCUCUACCAGUUCAAGAAGUCGGCCACGCGACCCCACCUCUUCUACUCCAGCCAGAACGACUACACCUUCGUCGACAUGAUGACACAGAAGGGCAAUUUCAGACACGGCGUGUCUGAGGAGCUUGGAGCCCACAUCCUGGAACUCCCCUACACCGGCGAGGCCAUCUCCAUGUACAUCCUGUUGCCUCCUUUCAUCAGCGGCGAGCAGGGCUUCAACGCCAUGGUGGAGAACCUCAACGCCACCACGCUCCACUACGCCAUCGAAAACAUGUGGCGUCUGGAAGUGGAGGUUGUUGUUCCCAAGUUCAAGCUGGAGCAGUUGGUUGGGGACGAACUUCUGCAGUCUCUGUCUCGCAUGGGCAUCAGCGACCUCUUCACUCCCGGCGCCGCUGACCUGUCAAGCUUCGCACCCGACACCGACCUCAGCGUCGGCCGCAGCAUCCACAAGGCCUUCGUCGAAGUUUCUGAGGAAGGCACAGAAGCCGCAGCAGCCACUGCCUUCAUCUCCCUGAGGAUCGCCAGACCCGUGGGACCCGAGAAGUUCGAGUGCAACCACCCGUUCCUCUUCGUCAUUUACGACAAUCUCACCAAGAACAUCCUCUUCAUGGGAGCCUACAAGAACCCCAAGGCUUAAGGUCCCCUCGGGUCCCCAUACUCUUUACAAAGAAUGCAUCGGCGUUGCAAAGGAAACAGCAAACAAAAUGUUACUGCCGGU